UAAAUCUCAAAAUUCUCCGACAGGCUUUUUCAUGUUAUCUUCCCUUGUCAGGCUUCCCUUGUCCGUAACUGGUAGACAAGCUGUCGUUGUUUCUCCUUUUCUCUUAGACCCAAGCGGCACUUCCCUCUUACGCCUCUCUUCUUGUACUUCUGCGCCGCAGGCAAUGGGAGAGACUCCCAAGCCCAAGUCAGGACCCAAGUCAUCCGCCCCCAGCUGCCCCAAGGACGAAGCCUAUCUUCAGAAAGUCAUCCCCAAACGCAUUAGUCUAUUCGAAGAAAUCAAAGCCCAGCAAAUCGCAGAGCGUGAGCAAAUUGGUGGUGAACCCAUUAAAAUUACUCUGCCAGAUGGCUCUGUCAAGGAAGGCAAGAAGUGGUUAUCAACACCUUUGGAUAUUGCUAAGGAUAUAUCGAAAAGUUUGGCUGUAAAUGCUGUCAUAUCUCAGGUUAAUGGCAUUCUUUGGGACAUGGCAGGACCUCUUGGAGUAGACUGUGAGUUGAAGUUGUUCACAUUUGAGACUGAUGAAGGGCGUGACACAUUUUGGCAUUCCAGUGCACACAUCCUUGGGGAGUCUCUUGAGCAGCAAUAUGGAUGCAAACUUUGCAUUGGACCCUGUACCACAAGAGGGGAGGGAUUCUACUAUGAUGCAUUUUAUGGUGGCUUAGGUCUGAAUGAGGAUCACUUCAAGCAAAUUGAAUCAGCGGCAAUGAAAGCUGUUGCGGUACGAGAAGCUCAAUUGGCACAAUACAACUAUAUCCUGGUUGUUGGCGAGGAAGAAACAAACACUGGACAGGCUUUAUCCCACCACUCUUUCCUUUCAUAAUGUCAGCGUAAGGGUUAGAGAUAAGGCAGUUCAUUCCAUCAAAAGCAUGGAGGAACUACUGAAUCAUUUUCAGCAAGAAGUAGCAGCUUUCCAUUAGAGACAGAACGGGCGAUGGACGAGGAUAAAACAUAUAGACUAAUGCUCAACCCAUAUAGCCAUGCAUCAGUUUUUUGAAUUUUUUUUUUUCUUAUUUUUUGUUUUCUGAUUGGUAAUUGCAAUUGUGCUCAUAACUUUGAUGGGUGGUUAUAUUCUAUUUUUAUUUCUUGCCAUUUUAUUUUUAAGUUUUAGAACAGAGAAUUGUACACAAUCCACUGUAGUUUCUAUGCAAUUUUAUGGGUUUUCGUU